GACGCCUGCGGAGGCCUCGCCGCCCGCCCCUCCUCAGGGAAGACUCGCGUUCCCGCUGCUCGCGCCUGCGCCGCCCGCCGGUCUCGGGAGCGCGCCCUCGCUGGUGCGCGCGCUCGCAGUCUCCGUCACCCACCAGCUCCGGCACCAGCAGCAGCACCGCCGCCACCGCCCACCUUCUGCCGCCGCCACCAGACACUUUAUCCUCUGCUUUCCUCUUCUGCCCUCGCUCUCUGUCGACUAUCAGGGGCCUUGAACCAGGAUGGCUGAGCCCCGCCAGGAGUUCAACAGGAUGGAAGAUCAUGCUGGGACAUACGGGCUGGGGGACAGGAAAGAUCUCCCCUCUCAGGGGGGCUACACCGUCCUGCAAGACCACGAGGGCGACGCGGAUCGCGGCCUGAAAGAAUCUCCCCUGCAGACUCCCGCCGAUGAUGGAUCUGAGGAACCAGGCUCUGAAACCUCUGAUGCUAAGAGCACUCCGACGGCCGAAGCUGAAGAAGCGGGCAUUGGAGACACCCCCAACCUGGAAGACCAAGCUGCUGGACAUGUGACUCAAGAGGAGCUGAGAGCUCCCAGCCAUCAGAGGGAAGUGUCGGAGAGGCCCCUGGCACGUGGGCUUAGGUCUCCGGUCCAGCCUGCACACGGCAGAGAAGCUUCUGGGGUCUCCGUGCUGCCUCUGGGGGAGAAGCAGCUAGAAGCUCCCAUCCUGGUGAUGUCUUGCCGUUCCCCGAAUCAUCCCGUCUACCAACCGCCUCCUCCAACAGGAGGCCCUCAGGAGCCCCACGAGGAGUGGGCACCAAAACAAGGGGCCUGGGUCCAGGAAGGUCUGGCUUUUCCGCAGCCUGCUUCCCCUGGACAUCUGCAGACAGAGCCUGGGAGUGUCAAGGAGAGCUUCCUCGGAGAGCCGGGGCACCGUGGCGGUGCGGCCACGGACCCGAGGACCCUGGGUCUGAGCCGCCAGCACAUGUCCCACAUGCCUGGGGCUCCCAUCCUGCCUGAAGGCUCCAGAGAAGCCACGCGCCAGCCUUCUGGGACAGAACCUAAGGACACACAGGGAAGUCACCUUAGCCUGGGGCUGCUGGAGCACCAGCUUUUAGGAGACCUGCGCCUGGAGGGGCCACCUCUGAAGGGGGACCAGGGCAAAGAGAGACUGGGGGGUGACGAGGUCGAUGAAGACCGUGACAUCGACGAGUCUUCACCCCAGGACUCCCCUCCCUCCCAGGUCUCCCUAAGUCUGCACAGCUCCCCAACCCAAGAUGGGCCAUCCCCCCAGACAGUUUCCAGAGAGGCCACUGGCACCCCCGCUUUCCCAGCUGAGGGUGCCAUCCCCCUCCCUGUCGAUUUCCUCUCCAAAGUCUCCACAGAGCCCCAGGCCUCAGAGCCCGAUGGGCCCAGCGCAGGGCCCACAGCGGAAGAGCACGACGGGCCCCCCGAGUUCACGUUCCACGUGGAAAUCAAAGCCAAUGUGCAGAAGGAACAGGAACGUUCAGAGGUGGAUUUGGAAGGGGCUGCACUUCUGGGGGCCCCUGGAGAGGAACAAGAGCCCCGGGGCCCCUCUGGGGGAGAGGACACAAAAAAGACUGACCUUGCAGAACCAUCUGAAAAGCAGCCUGCAGCUGGUCUGCCAGGAAAGCCCGUCAGCCGGGUCCCUCAACUGAAAGCUCGCAUGGUCAGUAAAGGCAAAGAUGGGACUGGAAACGACAAGAAAACCAAGACAUCCACACCUUCCUCUGCUAAAACCCUGAACAAUAGGCCUUGCCUUAGCCCCAAACGCCCCACUCCUGGUAGCUCAGACCCUUUGAUCAAACCCUCCAGCCCUGCCGUGUGCCCAGAGCCAUCUUCCUCUCCUAAACACGUCUCUUCUGUCACACCCCGAACGGGCAGUUCUGGAGCAAAGGAGAUGAAAGUCAAGGGGGCGGAUGCUAAAACUGGAACGAAGAUUGCCACACCCCGGGGAGCUGCCCCUCCAGGCCAGAAAGGCCCAGCCAAUGCCACCAGGAUUCCAGCAAAAACCACCCCGUCCCCAAAGACCCCACCAGGCACAGGUGAAUCUGGAAAGUCUGGGGAUCGCAGUGGCUACAGCAGCCCCGGCUCGCCGGGCACUCCUGGCAGCCGUUCCCGCACCCCGUCCCUGCCGACCCCACCCACCCGGGAGCCCAAGAAGGUGGCAGUGGUCCGCACUCCACCCAAAUCGCCAUCUUCAGCCAAGAGCCGCCUGCAGACUGCCCCCGUGCCCAUGCCAGACCUGAAGAACGUCAGGUCCAAGAUUGGCUCCACCGAAAAUCUGAAGCACCAGCCAGGAGGCGGGAAGGUGCAGAUAAUUAAUAAGAAGCUGGAUUUUAGCAACGUCCAGUCCAAGUGUGGCUCAAAGGAUAAUAUCAGACACGUGCCAGGAGGCGGCAGUGUGCAAAUAGUCUACAAACCAGUGGACCUGAGCAAGGUGACCUCCAAGUGUGGCUCAUUAGGAAACAUCCACCACAAGCCAGGAGGUGGCCAGGUGGAAGUGAAAUCUGAGAAGCUGGACUUCAAGGACAGAGUCCAGUCGAAGAUUGGCUCCCUGGAUAACAUCACCCACGUCCCUGGCGGAGGGAAUAAAAAGAUCGAAACCCACAAGCUGACCUUCCGUGAGAACGCCAAAGCCAAGACGGACCACGGGGCAGAGAUCGUGUACAAGUCACCCGUGGUGUCCGGGGACACGUCUCCGAGGCACCUCAGCAACGUGUCCUCCACAGGGAGCAUCGACAUGGUGGACUCGUCCCAGCUCGCCACACUAGCCGACGAAGUGUCCGCCUCCCUGGCCAAGCAGGGUUUGUGAUCAGGCCCCCGGGGCGGUCAGUAAUCGUGGAGAGAAGAGAGUGAGAGUGUGGGAAAAAAAAGAAUAAUGACCUGGCCCUUCACCCUCUGCCCUCCCCCAGCUGCUCCUCACAGGUCGGUUAACCGGUUAAUCACUUAACCUGCUUUUGUCGCUCGGCUCUGGCUCGGGACUUCAAAAUCAGUGACGGGAAAAAGAGCAAAUUUCAUCUUUCCAAAUCGAUGGGUGGGGUAGGAAUAAUAAAAUGUUUUUCAAAACACUUGAAAAGAUGGCCACCCCCAACAUUUCCUUGGGCCGUUACUUUUGAUUCUUUUUUUUCCCCCUCUGAGUAGAGGAGGGAGAAGGAGAGGCUCUGAAAGGUGCUUCUGGGGAAUUUCAAGGGACUUGGGGUGCCCCUCUUCUGGCCCCCUCCUAGGGGUGUCACAGAGGCAGCGGCAGCAACAAAGGAUUUGCAACUUGGUGCGUUGGUGGAGCCACAGGCACAUUGAACCUUGUGUGAGUGGGAAGGGGUGGGGGUGGGGAGAGACGGGAGAGGCUGAGCGGGGCGGGCAGGGGGAGAGAGGGGGAGCGAGCGGGAGAGGGAGGUGUGGAGGGAGCGCUCCCUGCCUGCACUGGCAAACAGCCUGCACCGCGAGCGCGCGCAGCACACGGACCAAGUGGCCUCCUGUUCUUGGUGGCCCAGGAUCUGCUGCGGGGCAGUGUGCCCCCCUGGAGGGCAGCCUGUAGGAGAAGAGCUCUGGUCCCUCCACCCUGAAGGCACAGUGGGCAGGAGGAGAAGGUUGGCUGGUGGCAGGGUGGCGCCCUGUGGGUUACUUCCUCAGAGAAGACUGACCUCCACGUCCUGCGCACUGGCCUUCCUCCCCACCCACAGAGGCGGGGGCCCCUGAGCUGAGGGGCUCCCCUCCACCCCAUGGAAACCCUGUUUUCUUGAGUUCUGAAGGUUGGAACUGCAGCCACGAUUUUGGCCACCUCACAGAUCUGGGACUUUAGGGCUAAACCAGUUCUCUUGUAAGGACUUGUGCCUCUUGGGGGACACCGCCUGUUCCCAAGCCUGGGCCCCUGGCAUUUCUAGUGUGCGGGGGGGUCUGGUGGGGAGGGGGCCUGAGCCUCUCGUCCCGCCCUCGGCCACUGCAGCCACCCGUCUGCCCCCGCCACGCCUGUCUGCUGUGCCCCGUCACUGCCUGUCCCCUCAUUACGUCACUGUCCCGAGUACCCAGCCUCACCAACCCCCUUCUCAGUAACGGACAUUGUUGGGAGGGGGAAGCACCUACUGUAAACUAAGGGGUGCAAUCAAGGGAUGGCCACGUCCGGGCACAAGGUGGCACCUGUCUCAAAGUUACACUCAUCCAACUGGCAUCUCCCUCGCCAUGAGCCUGACGACCCUACCUUACUCGGUUCCCUGCCCCCCACCUCCCGUCACAGACGUGAAGCAGAGUGGGGCUCGGCAAUGACCCUGGAUGUGGACUCGGGGGGCCUCGUCCUCUCGGAAGGCCUGCUCCCCUUCCUGUGUGGAGCUGGCACCAGGAUGGGCAGGCCUCUCAGGACAGGGCGACAUUCCUCCUGUCCCCCACGUCCGCCCCCGCUCGUGACUGCCAGCCUCUCAGAGAGCUCAGCCGCUGCUCAACCCGGUGCCGCUGACCAGCCCUCCACACGCCCCAAAGGGAAACAUGCCCCUCGGAAAUGGUUCUUCCCCCGUCCCAGCUGAAGCAAAGCUGUCUGUCCUGCUGGAGCAGCUGAACAUAUACCUAGAUGUCACCUUUCCCUCCUCCCCGUCUGCACCCUGUCACGUUGUAGUCGGAUUUGUCUGUUUAUGCUUGGAUUCACCAGAGUGACUAUGAUAGUGAAAAGAAAAAAAAAAAGGACGCAUGUAUCUUAAAAUGCUUGUAAAGAGGUUUCUAACCCACUCUCCUGAGGGUCCUGAAUGUCUCCUCCUCCCCACACUGGGACUGGGCUCCCGGGGGGCCAGUGUGGCUCCUGCCUGUUGGGGCCUCCCAAUCUCUGAAAGGUGUUCUUCAGCAUCAGGGACCCAACAGGGAGCAGAUUCUGACAUCUGAACCCUCGGCUGCGAAGGCCUGAAGCACAGGACCAGGAUGGACGCUGUGGGGGCCCCCCACCCCCAGGGCCUCCCUUUGUCUUGUGGCUGGCCUGGUUUGCAGCACGGAGAUGGCCCUCUCUGGUCGCAGCCCAGAGAAGCCCCACAGCAGCCCUGAAGAGGGUCUUCCAAAGCCCUGCAUCAGGAGAGAGAUGAAGCCAGAGCUGGCUGGGGGAAGGUCUGCGGCCCAGCCCUUCGCCUGGGGUCCCUCCAAGCUCUCCCUCAGGAAGGGCCCCCACAGCCACAGCAGGGCUUGGGAUAAACUGCCUGCCCUGGAACGGGGCCCCAGCUGCCUGACAGGAAGGGUGACAAGUCAGGAGACACCAUUCCUAGAGCCCCCUGGCCAGAGCCCUCGCUGACCUGGCACAAGUCCCAUCUGCUGCUGUGGAGAAAGGGAAGCUGCCUUUUGUAGAAAAUUGCUGUUUAAAACAACUCAGCAACCUCAGGCCCAGUUCUGCCACUUCCGCUUUAGGUAGUUUAAAACAAUGCUGGGGGCGGUGGUAGGAGUCGGGGUGCCCCUCUAGGCCUGGAGGCUUCAUUUGCAGUCAGAGCUUUCUAUGCAAGGAAUCAUCUUGGCCCAGAACUUUCCACUCUGAGGCUCCCACUGUUCUGAGUCCCUGCGGUUCUUAGAAGGGUUCUGAGAAAGAAAAAGGAAAUGUGGUUUAAAGACUUAGCAGCUCUUAGUGAUGUGGCCUCUCAUUCCUGCCACUAAUUUUGGCUGCAUUUCUUCUUGCAUCUCUUCUGGCUUCCUCUUCCUGCAGGUCUUGUGCUCUGUUCUUCAAUUCCGUAU